AGAAGAGUUCUUUAAUACUAUACUGUCCAUUCUAAGAGCUAGAAACCAACCAAAAAGCAAAAACAAAAAAAAGACAAGAGAAGAGAAGAGAAGAGCUUCAUUUCUUUUCCAUGGCGUAUCAUACAGUACAGUUUUCUACUUCACUCUCGAUUUGCACUAGUUUUAUCAGCAGAUCACCAGCUUUAUCAUUAUAUCCAGCUGCUCCAUUUCCAACUUCGUCAAUUCAAAGACUAAGAAGUACUACUCGAGUACUUGCUUCUUCUCGAGUUCAAUGCGUGGCCGAUAAUUCUAAACAAGUUUCCAAUAUUAAUGGUGAAAAUAUUGCUCGACGAUCUGCAAACUACCAACCCCCUCUUUGGAAGUUCGACUACGUGCAGUCACUUGGAACUCAAUACACGAAGGAAUCUUUAUAUGCUGAACGAGUCGAGAACCUCAAGGACGAGGAAAGAGAGAUUCUUAAAACGCUGGAAGGUGAUCAUAUAGCGCAACUUGAGCAUAUAGACAUCUUGCAGAGACUUGGAAUAUCUUAUCACUUUGAGGCUGAAAUACAGAGUGUGUUGGAGGAAAUAUACACAAAUUACAAUAAUAUGUACUCCAAGAAGAACAUGAAUCUAUAUGCCACAGCUCUUGAAUUUAGAAUCCUACGUCAACAUGGAUAUCAAAUUCCUCAAGAAGUCUUCAAUGCUUUCCGGGAUGAGAAGACGGGGAAAUUCAGUACUGAUGAUCAUACCAUGGCAGCAAUGCUAUCUUUAUAUGAAGCUUCAUUUCAUAUGGUUGAAGGUGAGAGUAUUUUGGAGGAAGCUCGAGACUUGACUACCAAAUGCCUAGAGGAAUACAUAAUGAUGACGAAGAAUUCCAAGGAACACCAAAAUGAUGAUAUUAAUUUGUCUCAUCUUCUAGUGAGCCAUGCAUUGGAGUUACCACUACAUUGGAGAACACCAAGGUUGGAGAGUAGGUGGUUCAUCGAUAUGUACGAGAGGAGACAAGACAUGAACCCUUCUUUGCUUGAACUUGCUAAACUAGAUUUCAACAUUGUCCAAUCUACGCACCAAGAAGAUCUCAAACAUGCGUACAGGUGGUGGAGAAAGACGGGCCUAGGAAAGCUUGAGUUUGCAAGAGAUAGGUUGAUGGAGAAUCUCUUACUUACUUUGGGAUUUGCAUUUGAGCCUCAAUUUAGUAGCUACAGAAGAUUAGGCACCAAAGUAAAUGCCUUUGUAACACUAAUCGACGACAUAUAUGAUGUUUAUGGUACACUUGAUGAAUUGGAGCUCUUUACAGAUGCGGUUGAGAGAUGGGAUACAAGCGGUAUGGAUCAACUGCCGGAUUACAUGAGGAUGUGUUUUCUUGCCUUCCACAAUUUCGUAAAUGAUACGGCAUUAGAGUUUCUCAAGGAACAUGGCAUCCACUAUAUUAAAUACCUUAAGAAAGCAUGGGCAGAUCUUUGUAAAUCUUAUUUAGUCGAAGCAAAAUGGUACUACAGUGGAUACACACCAACAUUCCAAGAGUACAUUGAUAAUGCAUGGAUUUCAUUCUCGGUACCAGUAAUACUGGUGAAUGUCUACGUUUUUGCUGCAAAUCCUACAACAAAAGAGGCAUUGACUUGCUUGGAAGAGUAUCCGAGUAUAAUCCGUCAAUCAGGAAUCCUUUGUCGAUUUCUAAAUGAUCUUGAAACAUCGUUGGAUGAAAUUAAAAGGGGUGACGUUCCUAAAUCAAUUCAAUGCUACAUGCACGAAGCUGGUGUUUCAGAGGAGAAGGCUCGUCAACAUAUAAAGUUACUGAUUCGUGAAACGUGGAAGAAAAUAAAUGAAGAUAGAGUUGCAGACUCCUCCUUCUCAAAAACAUUCACUGAAAUUGCGACGAACGUUGUUAGGAUGGCACAAAGCAUGUACCUACAUGGAGAUGGAUAUGCUAUUCAAGAUCGUGAAACAAAGGAGCUUGUCAUGUCAUUACUUGUUGAUCCCAUUCCUCUCAAGUCUUACCCAUGAAAAGCUAAGAUGAUCACCAUUAAAGUGUCUCAUUCAUGUCUGUUAUGUUGCCCCAGCACAAUUAAUUUUUUUCUUUUUAUUUUUCAUUUUUCUUAUGUGAUAAAUUGUGGGGUGCACCUAGAACAAAGCCUCUUUCUUGUAAGUUAUAUCUUUUUUAGAAAAGUAAUUACCAUUCGAAUAGAAAAU